AUGAACAUCGAUACACCGGAGCUGCUCCUCAGAGAGAAAAAAGCUCAGAAACCCCGAGAAAACUUAGAAACGAUUGAACUUACAGAGGGAUCCGAGAUGUGUGUAAAGCUGGGGGUAGAUUGGCCAAACGAGCACCGGGAGGCUAUCAUAGCUCGGAUAAAACAGUAUGUGGAGGAGUUUACCAACAAGCCAGAGGAUAUUGGAGGGGUAGACCCGAAGAUAAUCUCUCACAAGUUAAACGUGGAUGCCAAAUGCAAGCCUGUCAAGCAAAAGAAAAGAACUUUCUCUCUGGAGAAACAGAUUGCUAUCCGAGAUGAAGUGGAAAAGCUCUUGAAAGCCGGGUUCAUCAGGAAAGUAGACUACCCUGAAUGGCUGGCUAAUGUAGUCCUGAUCAAGAAGUCCAACGGUAGAUGGAGGCUUUGUAUAGAUUUCACUGAUCUAAACAAGGCCUGCCCAAAAGACAAUCAACUGGGCAAGAACGUCGAGGUUUAUGUAGAUGACAUAGUCGUGAAAUCCAAGGGGAUUGAGGAUCACGCAGAGGAUCUGGCAGAAACUUUUGAAAAGCUAAAGGGUUUUAACCUCAAGCUGAACCCGGAAAAGUGUGUUUUCGCAGUCCGCUCGGGGAAAUUUCUAGGGCACCUCAUCUCGGAGAAAGGCAUCGAGGCGAACCCGGAGAAAAUCGAGGCAGUAAUGAACAUGAAAGCACCUAGCUCGGUGAAAGAAGUACAAAAGUUGAACGGGAGAGUAACGGCGUUGGGAAGAUUCAUGAAGGAGUGUAACACAGCUUUUGAAGAACUGAAGGUUUACCUCAGCACACCCCCGGUGCUAGGUAGACCUGAGCCUGGGGAAAUCUUAUAUUUGUAUCUCUCGGUGAAUGACGAGACAGCAGCGGCAGUCCUGGUGAAGGAAGAUAAGGUGGCGGCGGAAAAGCUAAGGAGAUAUUUCGAGGCUCACAUCAUUGUAGUACGUACGAACCAACCUCUGAGAAAGGCGCUGCAGAGGCCAGAGAUGUCGGGACGGCUGGUCAGCUGGUCGGUCCAGCUGGGAGGACAUGACAUCCGGUAUGAACUGAGACCGGCUCUGAAAGCACAAGUAUUGGCAGAUUUCAUAGCCGAGACCACAGCAAGCGACCAACCUGAAGAACCUGAUGAACAACUUCUACGGUGGGUCUUAGAAGUCGACGGGGCAUCAAAUCUGGAAGGAUCUGGGGCAGGCGUAGUCUUGAAAGUCCCUCACGGAGUCACACUCCGAAGCUCGGUAAAAUUCGAUUUCCCGGCAUCCAACAAUGCUGCGGAGUAUGAGGCUCUGUUGAUCGGAUUAAGAAUGGAGCUCGGAGGGAAAUGGGUGAUAGAGCAAGUCCCUCGUUUGGAAAAUCAAGAGGCCGAUGUACUAGCCAAAGCAGCAACAGUGAACGAAAAGAUACCGGGGGUCCAUUUCUCUGUUCAAAAGCAUUCCAGCAUCGACAACCAUGAAACCAUUUUUCUAACUCAGCCUUUGGAAAAUUGGAUGCAAGGCAUAGCCCACUACCUGAUGGAUGGAACCCUGCCAGAAAACAGAGACAAAGCCUACAAAAUCUUGCGACAAGCUCCGUAUUACGCGUUCCUCGACGGAGUCUUGUACAGAAAGUCAUUCACCCACCCGUGGUCGAGAUGCUUGACAGCAGAGGAAGGGGAGUAUGUGUUGAGAGAAAUACAUGAAGGUAUUUGUGGGGCACAUAUAGCUCCUCGCAUGUUGGCCAAGAAAGCAGUGUUGCAAGGCUACUACUGGCCCCUAAUGGUCAGACAAGCAGAGGAGAUAGUAAAGAAAUGUGAAAACUGUCAGAGGCAUCAGAACAUCCGACAUGCUCCCACCACAGAGCAGUGCCCUAUUACCAUGGCAGUAGAUCACUUCACAAAGUGGAUCGAGGUAGAGGCAGUGAGCACCAUCACAGAAGCUCGGAUCCGGGAUUUCUUCUGGAGGCAAAUUGUGUGUCGUUUCGGUAUACCCAGAGCGUUGGUAACUGAUAACGGAAAGCAGUUCAACUGCCGAGCCUUCAAAGAAUUUUGCAACGACUUGCACAUUGACCUGCGUUUCACUUCAGUAGUUCACCCGCAGAGCAAUGGGAUGACCGAAGUAACCAACCGGACGAUCCUAAAAGGGCUCAAGGCCAGGCUAGGGGAGUUCGAUAGACAGUGGCUGGAAGAGCUACCAAAGGGUCCAGUUCUUCGAUGA